GAACAUGAUGGAGGAGCCGCAUAUGGAUCUAUACUGUAUAUAUAUUCACAAGUAGUUGUACGUAUAAGAAUUUGAAAGUGUUUAAUUAUUAGAUUUCUUGUUCAAAGCUUUUAUUGACUUUACGUGUAUACAUGUAUAUAUUUAUAUCUGUGUAUAUAUAUAUGUUCCUCACUUUCUUUUCCUUACUCCUGGAUUUCCACAACCAACUCUCUCUCUCUUUCAAGAGAAUUAUUCACAGAGGGACCGCACCUAUAAUAAACACGUAUAAUCAGAAUUUAGAAGGCUUUGUUUAUUCAUUAGCUACCUGGUUUUCUUGUUCUACUCUUUUCUUAAUCGAUCUUAUUCCUUCCUCCUCACUUUCUCUUUCUUUUUCACUCAUUUCCACAACCAACUUUCCCUCACUCUCUCUCUCUCUCUCUCAACUCAGUUACCUACAAGCAUAUCUAUAUACUAUAUAUAUAUAUAUAUAGAUACGACCAUAUUUAUAUAUCUCUCGUUCUCCAUGUUUGCCAUUCAGUUCAUGCUAUAUAAAUCCUAACACGCACACACAUGCACCCACUUAUAACUUGCUGAUCAUCAUCAUCAUAUAUUUCACCUCUCCUCUCUCAUUUGAUCUCUGUUUGUCAUGGCUGAUAUUGAUGAUUACCAUGCAAAAGCUACCCCCACUACCCCUGUGAAGCUUUUCGGCAUAAACAUACUAGAAAACACCGCAACACAUCACCACCACUCCACCAAAUCACCGUUUUCCUCGCCGGAAUCCGACACCGAUGCCAGGAAAUACGAGUGCCAGUACUGUUGCCGUGAGUUCGCCAACUCCCAAGCUCUAGGCGGCCACCAAAACGCCCACAAAAAGGAAAGACAGCUUUUAAAGCGUGCCCAGAUGCUAGCCCAUCGCACCCACCCAGCCUUCUUGUCGUCCUUCGCGCCGCCGCAUCUCCUCUCUCCGACGGCUUCUGGGGCGGCGUCUCUGCAACACCCUUCAUGGUUUUACCUAGCCGCCAACGCCGGCCAUGGGUCGCAUGGCGCCACCUACUUUUACGGGCCUGCGGCAUCGGGGAUGGCGGGAAGGCGAAUUUACGAAGGCGGGGGAUUAAGUUCGGUGGAGAUCUCGGGUCAUGUCGGCGGGAUGUCGCCGGAGUUGGGGAGGAACGAGGGUGCUGCGGGUCAGGUAGAUGGGGGGUUAGGAGUAGAUUUACACCUGAGCCUUGGGCCUGGUGUUCCGUAAGUUGUGUAAUUUAAACAAAGUUUGGGGGCUUUUCUGUAAAUUCAUUUUCUUUUUCAAUUUUGAAAGGCAUUUUUUACAUAUGUUGUUUCUGA